AUGUUCCAACAUGGUCGAACACGUUUCCAGCAUGUGAGCUCAAGGUGGGUUCCAGAUCCUACCUUCCUCGAGCUGGCUGCUGUGAAGACGAUCUUUCCACCUCACAACAAGCAAGAGUGGGAGGAUGGAAUCAUUUCAUCUGGAGCCCUUGCUUCUUUCAUUGGUAAGAUUGUGAGCAACGACCUGAGCACUCUAGCCCCACGGCUUGUUGGCUUUCUGAACAACAUCCAGAUCGACAUGGCCACGGUCAACGCGAUGUUGCUGGAGCAGAACAUCAGGUUUCUCUUCAAAGCCAGUGAAUGCUUCAUGUAUUUGUAUCUCGAUUCAGAGGAUUGGCUCGACCUGGGUGGUUGCCAGGUGAAGACUGGGUCGAGUUGGAUGCCUGAUGACAGCACGUGUUUUCCAAAGUUCGGCAUGUACAAUGAGAUCACUGAGCAGUUUGUGUCCAAUCGAGAUGACAAAGAGGGUCUGAGGUGCCGGGCUUGCCCAAGCGGGACGUAUUCCAAACAGCUCUUUGACAACGAUGGCCCAACCUACAUUUGUGAGGCCUGCCCUGCAGGCACAAGCCAAAAUUCUGGGGCAUCGUUGGCAUGUGAGCCAUGUCUGAAGGGCGAGUACCAAGAUCAAACUGGUCAACAGAGCUGCAAGCGAUGCGAUGUGGGCGACUACCAGGACGAAGAAGGGGGGCCCGUUUGCAAAAAGUGCCCAGACAACAGUCGCACACUUCAGAGGGGCUCUUUGUUGUUCACGGACUGCGGUUGCAAAGUUGGUUACAUCAACGUUGCAAAUGUCACCGCAGGCAAUUUGAGCUGCGCGAAAUGCCAAGAGGGCUUGACCUGCCCUGUGAUGAGCAGCUUGAAGAGUUUGCAGGAUGGAAACCAUCCGUUGGGCCUUGACUACUUGCCUGCAGUUGCUGAAGGCUACUUUGUUACAGAAGAUGAACCCUUGGAGGUCUAUCGCUGCGGACUCAUCACUUCCUGUCCUGGCGGAUUGCCUGCGCAAUGCGGCGGUGGCUUGAUCGGGGUGCCGUGUGGUGAAUGCCGAGAAGGUUACAACUUGAGUGAGGGAAAGUGCGAACAAUGCGAAGACUCCAUGGUAGUGCUUUGGGUACUGGGUAUGCUGUUCGUCUUCGUCUUGUUGACAGCUUCGUACUACCUAAUGACCUCAAAAGUAACAGCAAAAGCUUCUGUGCUGUUCACCACCACCUGCGCCUUUGGCAUGCUCAUUUCCUUGUUGCAGAGCAUCGGCAUUAUUGGCACGAUGACGGUCGAGUUUCCGGUGAACAUUUCCUCCUUCUUCGGUUGGUUCUCCAUCCUGAUGCUGGAUCUGGACAACUUCGGCUUCGCAUGCCUUGCGGGAAGUGCAACGGCGCUCCGUUACUUAGCGAGUGUUUUGUUCUUUCCCGCUGGAAUUGCUUGGUACAUGCUGAACUUUGGAGUGAGCCAGCUCGUGCCCAGACAUCGAUGGGACGCAACAAAGGUUGCAAGCUGCAUGGGACAGUUCAUGCAGGUGGGUUUCUCCACGAUGAGUGCUACCGCGCUUAUCCCAUUGACGUGCUACACACAUCCCAACCAGAAACAGAGCCUCUUGAAGUAUCCUGAUGUGAUCUGUGGCACAGACGAACAUGGUAAGAUGCUUGCCAUUGGCAUUUGCUUGCUGAUUGUGGGUGUCUUUGGUUUCCUGAGUCUUUGUAGCUAUGCGGCUUACAUGGUUCCAACUUGGAGUGCCCGAGAACAACACGGCCGCGUCCGCGCUUUCCGCUUCUUGGUCUUCCGCUUCAGGUUGGACAGCUGGUGGUUUGGAGUUCCUCUGUUGACCAGAGGACCGCUGAUUGCCCUGCCCAUCGUGCUUGCUACUGACUACCCAGCAGUGCAGACCGUGUGGGUGACGUUCAUCCUGCUGUGCUUUUUGGCAUGUCAGGCUUUGGCAUGGCCAUGGAAGGUGCCGCUGUUAAACGCUUUGGAUUGCUGGAUGUCCUAUUGCAUCAUGAUUUUGGUGGCAGCUUCGGCUUUGUACUUGGAGCCCAUCAACAAAGAAGGAGUUGUGGCAGAUUUCGUGGACAAUUUCAACACUGGCAUCAUGGUGGUGAUUUUCUCGUCCAUUUCGUCGAUGAUCAUCAUGGCCCUCUCUGCCCUGGUGCACCGUGCAGCCAUGGGCGGCAGCUCCGAAUAUGCGGCCUUCAACCUUGGCAGGACCCCAAAUCCUGACGUCUUGGCCCAAAAGAUGAAGGAAAUGGCGGAACUGCUGGGCCAAAUGGAGACACAGGAGAUUGAGAAAGCCUUCGACGCCCUUGCCGUUUUCGACACCAGGCGCAUCAUGAACUUCAUGACGAUGAUGUCGUCCGAAGUCCUUGUUGGACGUACCGACUUGGCCUACGGAACCAGGGUCAGCUCCGCCUCCUUCCAGGCCAAGGCCGCUGCCCUGGCCACCAAGGAAGAGGUGAAACCCGAGGGCGGCGCAACCACUGUGUGAAACUGUGAGCAAAUGAGUACGGCAGCGGCGCUCUUUUGAUGGCGCUGGUGCCUAUGAAUGAGUUGAAGAGGGGUUCACAGAUUCUGCCACCCUCUCAAACUGGGCCAGCGUCCCGGGAUGGUACAAUACAUCACACCUUAGAAUUUAAAAUGCGAGAGCGUGGG